AUGUCCGGACGGAACGCUCCGCGCUCAAAGAAUGGCUGCAGCACCUGCCGUCGCCGCAAAGUAAAGUGUGGUGAAGAGCGCCCUGUUUGCUCCCGCUGUCUUAAUCUCAAUCUUUAUUGCGAAUGGGGAAUCCCUGUCAAGCGUGCACGUGGCACGCAGGCGCGUCCCCUCCAACCUGCUCCGGCGAACAAUGAUCUCGAUCAGAAUAAUCGACUGAUAUCUCACGCCGGCGACGAACUCUCCUGCAAUACCGAUGUCCGCCUACGGGACGGUUCACCACUGUCGUGGUUGGGGGAUCUUCCCUAUGCAAAGUCGCCUCAAUUGAGCUCACUGUUUGGCUCGUCUGGCGGGCCAUUUCUCUUUCGCCCGUCCUUGAAUACACCCUUGACGAUGCGCGAAAUGACAUGCGCAAAUUCCUUGACUCUGACUGAGACUGAUCGAAAAUAUUUCGAUUAUUUUCCCUCGUCAUCGAUCGUUUACUACUAUAUGAAAGGAUGGCGUUGGAGCAGCUUCUGCUAUCUGUAUUCUGGACCCGCCGCGACUAACAAAGUGAUUAUGCGCAUGCUGCUCGCUAUGGCUGCCAGCGAUAUGCAUCGACAUGGUCUCGUGGGGAGGUCGCCCGGUCGUCCCACCGCGGAUGAUCAUGGCCGGUAUCACUAUAGUUUGGCCGUCAAGGAAUUUCGACAGCUGCUCGAAACCCCUCGUGAGAGUGUCUCGAUAGCUGAGCUUGAGGUUAUUUUUGCCACCAUGUUUUUGAUGGUCACCUAUGAAUGGCAGUUCGGACACUCCAUCCGCCAUUUACAGCUACACCUGCAUGGGAUUCGGUCACUUUUGGGGUCACAUCCCCAACUCUUUCAACUCAAGAAUGUGGACGAGAUGCUCAUGCUUUCCGAGGAGAAGGACAGCCCAUCUCAAUCCCCUUCCAAGAUUUCAUUCAUUUCUGAACAACUGUUGCUGUGGACACUGUACGUGGACGCAAGCUGCGGGCCGAUGGGGAUCACAGAAUCCUUGAAUGACUUUGUGAUCCAAUCACAGAACCCGGCUUUACACCCUGACCAUCUCUAUCGCUGUGCGCGACUGUGGGGCAGAUGUUUCUGGGGCGAGCAGUAUCCUGAUCAAGAGGUUCUCGAUGAUAAUGAGAAUUAUCGGGCAUUAGAAUUGAUUCACAAUGGAUUUUGUUUCCGUCAUCGUACUUGGAAGGUCCUUGUCGACGCAGGGACCGGUCUUGAAACGGUGGACUCGCUAGCGCGAGACAUGCUCUCUGUUCGUGAGCGGUAUUCCGACCUGUUUAUCACUGCCAAAAUCUCGCGAGGCAUUUCGGCUCGACGAACGCUGCAUACCAUACACAUGGGCGUUUGCACCUUUUACGCGCAAGUCAUCUUCCACCGCCGCCUGCUUUGUCCCAGUAGUCUGCCGGGACUGGUUCACAAACAAGCUUUGGCCGGCAUAUUGGACAUCACCCGCAAGCAGUAUACAUCUGAUGCUCGACUUUUGCGCCGCAUGCAGUGGCCCUUGUUGAUGGCCGUGAUUGAAACGACCGAUCCCGGCCAACGGGAAUGGCUCCGGCAACGACUAGUGGAGCUGAACAAUGGCCACUCUGAGUACGUUUGGACUAACGAUGUUGCCGAUCAAAUUCUGGCACAGCAAGAAGCAAGGCCAGGGUAUUAUGCGAAUCUUGCGGAACUGCUGCGGUCACGACUCGAGUCGCAAUAA